AUGUACGCCAUGGGACUGGCAGCAACAAGAUCAACCGGAGCCACAGUUUUCGAGAUGCAGUUAGAUGACUUCAAGAACUUCGUGGCCUUAUAUUUCGGCACAGGAUCACCUCUCAUUCAAAAGAAACAGACAGUAGACAAAGACAGUGUCAUCAGCGGUGUGGCUUUAGGUUCGAAAACAGGAUCCAGGGAUACUCUACUAUAA